AUGGAAGGAGAUAAGAUAGAGGCAUCAACAUUUUUAAAAUUAAAAUGUUCACGUCUAGUAACACAACUAAAGGAUUUGGAGAAAAAGUUGUCUGCUGAAUUUUUAAGUAAUUGCCAUGAAGUGCAACUACAACUCUACAUCGACUCUCUUCAACAACUCAACACUAAGUUUGACGCAGCUCAAUCUAGUCUCGAACAAGAAGACUUCCAUGAACUGGAAAGUGAGGUGCGAGAUAACUUUGAACAGAAGUAUAUUGACAUUAAAUCCGCGAUCAUAAUAGAGCUGUCCCAUCGUCAAACGAAUAUCAGAAAUUCAACUAGUAGAUUUCUAUCGAACGAUGAGGCUCCUUCUAUUAAUGUUAAAUACUCGCGUUCAAGGCUGCCAGAACUUCAACUCCCGACCUUCAGUGGUGACAUCAAGGACUGGCCGCAUUUCAUUUCAAUGUUUGGAACAAUUGUUGAUGAAAGCAUUGAACUCAGCAAUCUCGAAAAACUUCAGCACUUAAGAUCUUGUUUGAAGGGCUCAGCGCUAGAUGCAAUAAAGUCACUUGAAGUCAGUGACGCUAACUAUGCUAAGUCACUUUUAUUAUUAUCUAAAAAAUUUGAUAACAAAAGAUUAAUCUUUCAGGCACACAUAAAGGAAAUAUUUGGGUUGCGACGUGUUGAACCAAACGCCGUUGUUGAUCUGCGACGCCUUAGUGAUAAAAUGAAUUCACACCUACAUGCAUUGAGCACGCUGGGCAGCAAGGAACAAAUUGCUGAUGGUCUCAUGGUACAUCUUGUUUCGCAAAGGCUAGAUCCUGCAUCUCAAGCAAAAUGGGAAGAAAAGGCUUCAAUUGAUGCAAUACCUACGUGGGAUCAAAUGGCAGAUUUUCUUGAUAAAAGAUGUAAAACUUUGGAGCAUGUUGAUUACGCCACGAAAUUUUCAGCACAUAACAAAACUAAGCAAAUCAAUCUCCAUCCAAUUGCCAGAAAAGUGUUCAUAGCAACAAACUCAAAGGGAUGUACAUUUUGUGAAAGUGAUGAUCAUUUCAUUUACUCCUGUUGUCAAUUUACAAAUCUUUCUCCAAAACUUCGUCUAACUGAAGCCAGAAAACUUAGCCUUUGUUUAAAUUGUCUAAAAAAGGGACAUCAAUUAAAACAAUGCAAGUCUUCGUUUUGUUGUAUUUGCUCAAGACCUCACCACACGCUCUUGCAUUUAAAUGAUCGUAUUAAUGACAGUACCUUUUCUUCAUCUAAUGAUGUACCAUUAGUUAAUCCGACGUCAAAUACUAAAUCUAAAGUGCAGGCUUACUUAGUUUCAACAAACGCCUCGCAACAAACCCAAAAAUAUCCUUCAAGUGAAUGUGUGCUUCUUGCAACUGCAAUCAUCUUAAUAAGAAAUCGUGCUGGCUCUUAUAUACCAUGUCGUGCUCUUCUGGAUUCAGCAUCGCAAUUACACUUUAUUACAAAAUCACUUGCCAACACACUUCAACUUAAAACAACAAAAUGUGCCACAGUAAUAUCAGGUAUUACAGAUAGAGAUUUUGUCGAUAACAGCACUACUGAGUUAUCCAUAAAAUCACGUUUUGGCAAUUACACCAGUAGCAUCACCGCAGUGAUUACUUCUAAAAUUACUAAUCAACAUCCCAGCACAAACGUUAAUACAACUGAUUGGAAUAUUCCAAAAAAUCUUCAACUAGCUGAUCCAGCAUUCUAUAAAUCACAACGUAUUGAUAUUCUUAUUGGUGCAGCUCUCUUUUUCGAUCUACUAUAUAUAGGUCAAAUCCGUUUAGCGCCUCAAUUACCAGUAUUACAAAAAACGCUUUUUGGUUGGGUAGUUUCUGGAGGUAACCAGCAUUCUUCAAUAUCAUCGUCACUAGCCACAUUUAAAAAGUCAUCAACUCCGGAUGAUCGGUAUCACUCCUUGGAUCUACAAGUAAGAAAAUUUUGGGAGCUAGAAAGUUGUUUUGAUCCUGUAAUCAAAAUUACGAAAGAGCAUUUAGAUUGUCAAGCCCAUUUCCAAGCACACUUUUCUCGAUUGGUAACUGGUGAGUACUCAGUUCGCUUACCAUUGAAAUUAGAUAUUCAGCUACUUGGUGACUCAUAUCAACAAGCUGCACGUCGUUUUUAUAAUCUGGAACGCAAACUACAACGAAACACUGAUCUAAAGACACAAUAUAGUGCAUUUAUAAAAGAGUAUCUGCAGCUUAAUCACAUGUCACCAUUAACUGAUGAAGAAUUAACUAGUCCCAAGUAUUUUUUGCCACAUCAUUGCGUCAUCAAAGAAUCAAGUUCAUCCACAAAACUACGUGUUGUAUUUGAUGGGUCAGCAGCCACUUCCACGGGAUACUCUUUAAAUGAUAUAUUAAUGUCGGGUCCUACAAUUCAACCAAAUCUCAUUGACUUACUCAUUCGUUUUCGAUCUUUUCCUAUUGCAGUAACUGCGGAUAUUUGCAAAAUGUAUCGUGGUGUUCGAGUCACACGCCCGGAUAACUUUUUACAGUGUAUACUUUGGAGAAAUGACAUGCAAGAACCAUUGAAAGUAUUUAAGCUUGAUACGGUGACUUAUGGCACAAAGCCAGCAGCAUUCCUGGCAGUCCGUGCUAUGCAGCAAUUAGCAGUUGAUGAAUCAUUAAACUUUCCUAUUGGUUCCAAAAUUACUCUUCGAGAUUUUUAUGUUGAUGACUUAAUCUCCGGUGGCAAUUGCAUUGAUGAUGUUCAAGACAUUGUGAGACAAACCACUGCAUUGCUCAAUAAAGGGAAUUUCAAACUAAGGAAAUGGUGUUCAAAUCAAUUAUCUGCACUUGAUGAUAUUCCAGAAGACGAUAGAGAGCCAUUGCUUAAUUUCGAUGACGGCAGCGAAUUCACAAAAACUCUUGGUCUGCUGUGGGAUCCAACCAAUGAUAAAUUUUUAUUUACCUUUGCACCACAUCAAGACUCAAGGCGUACUACAAAGCGCUCUGUGCUUUCUGUUAUUGCCCGACUUUAUGACCCGCUUGGUCUUGUUGGUCCCUUGAUAUCAAAGGCAAAAAUAUUUUUACAGUGUUUAUGGAAACACACACUCGACUGGGACGAGAGCCUUCCGAACCAACUCCACACUGCAUGGACUGACCUCUACAAUCGUCUCCAUAUAAUUCAAAGACUAGAAUUUCCUCGUUGUGUUUCAAUCUCUCAUGCAUCACUCGAAUUACAUGCCUUUUGUGAUGCUAGUUUGAACGCAUAUGGCGUUUGCAUCUAUGUUGUUUCGAAGCACGGAAGUUCUGAGUCUGCCAAUUUGCUUUGUUCAAAGUCUCGAGUAGCACCAUUAAAAACAUUGACAGUACCAAAAUUAGAAUUAUGUGCCGCAGCUUUAUUAGCUCAACUAAUUCACCAAAUUUCAAGUCUCAAUAUAUUUAACGCUGAAAUUCACUGUUGGUCUGACUCAUCUAUAGUGUUAUCCUGGAUCCGAUCUGAACCGUCUACCUUCAAUGUAUUCGUGGCCAAUCGAGUGAGCAAAAUUCAACAUUUGACUAAAGGGAUGACAUGGCAUCAUGUUCCCACUGAUUUAAAUCCCGCAGACAUCCUAUCUAAGUGA